AGAUAACUGUUGUAUAUUGCAACACUGCCUGGUUGGAACAGUCUGCCUGGCUCCCUGUAAUGGAGUCUCUUUUUGGUCUCUCCAGGCCAAAAUAAAACCUUCCUUCUCAGGUGUGGGCUACCACAGCAAAAAUUCUUUUGUUUUUAAAGGGUGUGUCAUUACAAGUAGGUAAAGCAACAUGACUUGCUGUUUUCAAUGGACUAGGGUGCAUAGCAGAUUCAUUUCUAUUUAGACAGUACAUACCUAUUUGACUACAAACACGCAUCUGUUAAAGUUGUCCACCUUCCACUCCUCCUCAGAAUCUGAUGCAUAGCUGCCAAGUUUUCCCUUUUCUCGCGAGGAAGCCUAUUCAGCAUAAGGGAAAAUCCCUUUUAAAAAGGGAUAACUUGGCAGCUAUGAUCUGAUGCUGUAGGAUGAUCAGCUGUUCUCUGGCAAUUUGGUUCCUUAUAAUAAAAUUUCUUACUUCAGAUUGCCAUAGCUUUCUAGAACCAUAUUCAACAACCAUAAAUACCUCAAUAAAUGAUAUUAUAAUCUCCCUCUUGCGAUUCCCAGCAACUGGUAUUCUGAGGUAUGCUGCCUCCAGCUUGGAGAACAUAGCUGUUGUUGCCAGUAGCCACUGAUAGCCUUAUACGCCAUGAGUUUUUCCUAAUCCUCUUAAUGCCAUCCAAGGUGGUGGCCAUUACUUUUAACUUUUAUUUAUUUGUUUCAUAAGUAUCUCAAUCACUAUUCAAAAUGCAAUAUCCCGCCCCCUCACAGUGGUUUGCCACAUGUAUAAUAAUGUAAAACCAUAUACUGUAAAAUAUAAACGAGACCUAGCUGUGCCUUGAGUGGAUUGCAGCAUCUAUUGUUCCUGUUUCCAUCAUAUACUCUGGAGGUUUGGUGGGGAGAGACAGAGUCAUUGUGGGUCUGCUGCAAAGUUUUCCAGAGCAUAACCCAUCUAAUACAUCCAGGGGUGCAAGCCACAACACUAGCUGAUUGGUACUCGAGGCUGUCCUGUUUUGGGAUACAGGAAAACCCAUCCCUUUGGCUUUAUAAUGUAGCAAUGGGGAAGCAGUACAUUUGCUCCGGGCCAGAAUACAAGAGCCCAACAGGGAUAAACAUCUUACCCAGCAAAUAAAUGUUUGGGAACACAAAAUAUCAGCUGGAACCCCCAAUCCAAGAGUGAGAUAGUGCAGGGAUAGCUGGAAAAACAACAGCUUCUGCCAAAUCAACCAGAUGUUUUUUUGUUUUUAAAAAAGAUUUGACUGAAUUGUUAUGUCCACUUAGGGAAGAUUGAAAAUAAUGCUAAUAAAAGGAAGGAGCCCUUGGAUGUGGCAUACAUUAGGGCUUGGAAAGCUGAUUCGUUUCUGAACCGCACAGCUAAAGUAGAGAAAAUCCACUUAAUGGAUUUCUGUUCUCCUCAGGCCUGUAUGUAAUAGCUCAUUAGAGGAAAUACUCCAUGCCAACAUUUUGGAACAGCUUCAGCACUUUGCAGUAAGAUGCAGUGCCAUAUUUCUCUGCAUGCUUAGACAAGACAGCAGUGGGAUGCUUCCUUUGGAUCUGUACUGAAAAAUAACUGUAAAUAACAAUCUUGAGGGUUUCCAGAGUAGUAUUCCUGUUAGUCUUGCAGAAAAGGAAGUCUAAUGGCAUCUCACAGCUGCUAUUUUUGGUGAAAAACAUAUACCCACAAUUUUAGGUUGUGCAGUUAUAGCUGAUUGGGAGGAUUUGCAUGGCAAACCCUACUUUCCCCCAAAGAAUGAACUGUUUGCAAUAAGGAAAAUGAUUGGAAAAUCCACUGGGAUAGCACUUGUUUUGAUCCAAUGUCAUCUUGCCUUCUUCAAACAAAUCGGGAUGAAUGCUCAUCAAAUAGCCAGAGUCAUCUAAACAAUCCAGGAUCAAUGCUUAAUAAAUAGGUCAUCUGGAAGCUUUUAUAGACCACAGUCAACUUUGUCAGGUGCAUGGAGUGUUAUCCUGAGUUAGAGGUAUGUAUACAGGUGGUUUGGGAGGGGGAGGUGUAAAAAGUGAGGACAGAAGCAAAUGAAUGGCAGGCAGUGCUAAUUAGGUAGAUAAUUUCGUGGAUGCUGGUGUGUAAUUUUGUAUUCUAAAUUGUCUUAAAAGUCAAAAUCUCAAAACUAAUUCCCAGACUGAGUGCAAUUGAUAUGCAGACAUUUCUGCUAAAAGAUGCAGAAGUGAUUAAUACUUCUAAGAGAUUUUAAGGAAAUGCUAGAGCAGGCAUCCCCAAACUGCAGCCCUCCAGAUGUUUUGGCCUACAACUCCCAUGAUCCCUAGCUAACAGGACCAGUGGUCAGGGAAGAUGGGAAUUGUAGUCCAAAACAUCUGGAGGGCUGAAGUUUGGGGAUACCUGGACUAGAGUUUCCUCCAGAGGUUCAUUGCAAAGUAGGAAUUUAUGUUUUGCGCUUAAUGGGAGGAAUUCAGUAUGUCAAUCUUCUGAUUGUUCCAGUGGUGCAAACGUCUCUGCUUGUCUGGCAGAAGGAUAUUCUAUUCCAUCUUUCCAUACUCUGCAGUGUGCUGAGGGUUACUGUAAUUUUAACUUUCUAAAAAGCUGUUUGUAUUGAUAAUUUUAAUAUUUCUUAUAAUCCAUUAGAAGUUUUGCUAAAAUCAAGUAGUACUGGUAUAUGAAUUUGUUAGAUAAAUGAAAUUGAGGUGUAAGUUUCCAUAUGAUGUGGGCCCCGGGCUGACAACUUGUGCCACCAUUUAUUUUUUUGAAAAUCUGUACAGGCUGUCAAUCUGCUAGCAAGCCAGAUUCAAGGUCCUUGUAUUAAUUUACAAAGCCCUGAACAACUUAGGUCCAAGCUGCCUUGGGAACCACCUGAAGCUUCAUAUCCCGGCUGGAUCCCUGAGAUCAUCUGCAGGAGUGUUGUUGGCCGUCCUCCAAACUGGCGAGGUUCAUUUGACAGCAGCAAUCAACUGAGCCUUUGGUGUUGUCAGCCCGGUUUUGUGGAUUACUCUUUCAUUAAAUAUUUAGCAGGCACAUUCUGUUUUAAUUUUUAAAUGCCUGCUGAAAACUGUCAGGUUUAUGCAGGAAAUUAAGAAUACACAUUUCCAUAAUAGCUGAUUUCUGAUUUCAACAUUUUUGUUUUUUGUUGCAUGGUUUUAUGCAUAACUGUUGUAAACCACACUGAUACUUUUCAUGAAUAUGGUUUAUACUUUUUAAUAUAUAAAAUAACUAUACUAGAUUAAUCCAUUGAGGGACUGCAUCUGCAUGGAGAAUGCAUAUAAGUGACAUCACACACGCAUGCUCCUACAGUUCUAGGAGCACAUAAACACCAGGAUGCACACACACUCUGUUGCAAUAGUUAUUGUAGCUUUGAUUGGGCCCCGACUGCAGGCAGAAAAUUGCUCCUUUUGCAAAGCUAAUUAUAGUCCCCUGCAAAUAGCUCUCUCUUCGGCUGUUAAAUCACAGCUAUCUGUAUUCCAUUAACCUGCGCCGAACAGAGAACCGACUGCAUUUACUGUGUGCUUGUAUGGCAAUGGUUAACCGAGCUGGCGAGAUUCUGCUUACCUCAACAAAACCAGCCGCAGUGAGAAAGGGAAAACAAUGAAUGGGUGGAGAUGAACAGCCCGUCAGAGAAAGAGCUAUGCAUUCCGGCUAGUGCAGUCCAGGCUGCUGCAAUGACAGUCUGAAGGUUGUAGCAGCCUCUGGAAUCUGCAUUUAAACUGAACACCAGCCUUCACUUGCAGGUGGAGCCCACCCCCCCUUUUCUUUUUGGCACAAAAGGACUUGUUCACCAUUGGGACGUCUGAGACAUGGCCAGUAACCAGGCCAGCUUACAGGAUGACCAGAGCAGGCAUUGCAAGUUCUUAUCCUAUAUGUUUUACCAAGCUGUCAGAGAUCACAAACCUGUCUGGAUGCUGGAAGACAUGAGGACUAUGGAGUAUUUCUACUGGGAAGAAAAUGCCAGCCUGAGGACGUAUUCCCCUUCCGAAGCCCUGCUGUAUGCCGUGGUGCACAACCACCUGCCUUAUGCCCAGUACCUGCUGUCUCAUUUUCCGGAGGAGGCUCUCAAAGUCCCCGGGGAACAUUUCUGCUAUUGCCCUUCCUCUGCUCCUCACUUGGCCAUGGCUGUCACCUAUGACAGGAGAGAGAUUCUGGGGCUGAUCAUCAGCAUCUCCCACAAGCUGCCCAGCCUGAACUCCUACAUCAACCGAACCGGCUGCUUCCACCUGGAAGAUGGCAAGACCCCUCUGCAUCUCGCCUGCGAGCUCCUGAGGUCAGAGACAGUCCUGAUCCUCCUGGGGAAUGGGGCCUCUCCCAGGAUAGAGGACAGCAAAGGACUGACACCCCUGGACGUCAUCCUGGAGCAGAUGUGGGACUCCAAAGUCAACGUGGCAUCCAAAAAGCUCUGCCUCGAUUACCUCUUGCUCUUCAUGCCCAGCCCCCGGUUCAAGAUGAGGAAGGUGCUGCAGGAGCACCCAGAGCCCUGGGCAGUUCUGCUAGGGGAGGACAGGUUCAAUAGCCUGGUGGGUAACAUGCCUGCAUCUUUAUACCUGCAAGCUAUGCAAACCAUCCUUCAGACUCUCCCACCCUCCCAUUUCCCGAAAAGCAUCCAGGAACUUCCUAUACCUCAGGCAUUAAAGCCCCUGCCUCGCUUUGGCAAGCAGCACCCAACAAAAAAUAUGGUAAAUGUUUUUCCAUGAUGUUAUGCUUUUUUAAAAAAAAAAAAAUUGUCACAUUCAAAUUGUGUGAUUUGUUCAGGUGGGGUUUUCAAAGGUGCUUCAGGCUGCAAACCAAACCCCCAGUGCACUUCCACUUGAGCUAAAUAGGACUACUCUCAAGUAAGUCACAGGAGGAUUGCUGCCUUAGGGGGAUUUGAUGCCCAGUUAUUACUGAAUUGGUAUCGAAACCUGGGCUACUGUUCGAUGCCGCUGAAAAUCCCAGCCUUGGAAUACAUUGUCAAAUGAAAUCUAUUUUUUUCAGAUUAAAAAAACCCUCCCAUUCCGUGCAUGUGAAAAUAUUACAUUGAGCUGAAUGUACAUUUUGCUCACUGAAAUCAGUGUAGCAGCAUUCCUGAUUUAUUAUUUGUAUUUUAUGAAAAUUAUCCAGGUUUUGCAUUGUUGUUAUUAUUUAAAAGGCACUGUUUUCACAGGGCAUUAUAUGGACCAGGGUUCAGAUCCUGUACAUUGCUUGAUGCAUUAACUUCUGUUAACAUCACUGAGUUUUAAGUAUCAUAACUCUAUGCAGGAUUGCAGCCUACUACCAGAUCACUGUGCUGUUAGGGGAGCGUGUGGUGCGGGUUAAAGUAGGAAUUCUUUUUAAGUUUCCUCAAGAGCUGCAUAAUGAAUCAGCAGUUGUUAUCAUAAAUGUCUUGGCCUUCAGUGCUGCUGCAGUGGCGAGGAGUCCCUCUGGCUGCAGGAUUCUGUUGUGUCACCUUAAAACAUUGAGCCUUUAUAGCAAAAGCUAGGUAGGUUGGUAGUGUGAUGGAAAGGACCCAAUGAAACCUGCAUAUAUGGAAUUCCUUUUCAAAGCUGAGUGGUAGGGGAAAGACCAAUUUCCACAGCACAUCACAUAUCCUUCCCCUCCCCAUUCCUCUCCUAGUGUCACUGUAGUUUCAAGAGUGAGCAUGCCUACAAAACAAGAUACGGCAUGGUCCUUAAUGCUAGAGACCUACAGUGGGUGCUUGUAUUUUUUCUCUCUGCAAGAAGCAAUGUAACAUUAGACAGCUGAUGCCCCCCUUCUCUGCAAGAAAUGCAGUGCGAUCCUUGCAGUUGCUGAGAAAGAAUGCUGGUAGCCUUCACCAACCCAGUGCCCUCCAGAUGUCUUGGGCUACAUCUCCCAUCAGUCCCAGCCAGUGUGAAGGCUUUUGACUUAGGAAAAGGGGACCCUGCCCACCUUAAAGGACGAGACCUUGUGAGUGAAUGUAUGAAGGUCACAAUCAUCAACCAAAGAGUUUGGCCUGUUUGCCUGUAGACAGGCUGCUCCUGCCUUUCUACCCACCCCAACUUAUCCCCCCACCCAACCAUGACUGCUGAUGUAACCUGCCUAAAUAAUGACCCAUCAGUAUUCCUUCAAGGUGCACAAUCUCUGUAGCUCCAGAUGCAUGGUUUCUGUUUCCUGUUUGCUUUCUGUUUGUUUGUUUGUUCAUUUUACCUCUGCCAGAAAGGAUUGUGUUCCCUACAUGCCCACAUUGUAGAUGGGCAACACAUGUUUGCUUCUCUGAUUUUGGACUGCAUGCUGUUUUCAGCAAGGCAUCUCUGGCCAGAAGAACACUGAUAGCCAGGGAUGGGCCUUGAUGGUUUCCUGCAAAUGGGAGAACGAGAUGCUCUCCCUCCCUCCCCCCCCCACAACCCCAUAAUUCCACAAAGAAAAGCCAAGCAGACUGGCAGAUGAACCUUACCUCAACACAGGUGCCAGGCGAGCAGCCUCCACUGCACUUGGAGGCAGCAGGCUGGCUUAGGGGUUGCAGGGUAGGUUGUGUAGCUGCCGCUCCCCACCACUACCAGAGGCACCUGUCUUACUCUGCCUUAUGGUGGGGCCAGUCCUGAGUGAGAGCCUGGCCCUAAGCAUGUUUCCUGGGAAGCAACUCUUAUGGAAAUCGAGGGGAGCUGCUUCCUACUGAACAGGCUUAGAAGCAAGUUCUGAAACUCUGGACAGACCCUGCCAGUCUGUGAGUACAGUGCUGAGCUAUACGGACCGAGUGGUCUGAUUAAGCACCUGGCAGCUUCGUAGGAUCCUAUGUACUUUGGAAAUGGGGCUAAAGCAUUUUUCUUAAGGCACCAUGGCUUGAUAAUAACCAUUGCUAUGUAUAAAGCUGACCUGUUUUUCACAGAUAGGUCCAAAUUCCAUGAUGAUGGGCAAUGUGAAGCUGUCCCUUUAAUGUAAAUGCCUGAGAAGACUCAGAAUUUGAAACAGAGAAUAGUCAGUUGUGCAAUUUCAUCCUUGUGAACAAAUGAGCAGGUCUUUGCUGUGCCUAGUCGAUGCAUAGGAGCUGAUGUCCUAGCAUACGCCAGGCAUGUUGAGGAUAGUAUCUCAAUCUUUCUCUGAAAUUUACCUCUGCAACAAAAUGCAAGCAAUGUGUUCUAUUAGAGCCAGUGGGUUUGAAAUCAGACCAAAUGCCCCAAUCUAGCCAAACAUUUUGUUCUCAAAGCCAGCCAAAUGCCUGUGGGAAGCCCAUCUAGAGGACAUGAGCCCUGCAGCACCUGCCCCCCGCCAACUCUGUGACAUAAUCCUGCAGCAAACUGAGAAUUUGUGCCCGCUGAACUUCUGCCAUAUAGCUGUUAAGGGCACAAGAGCUCCUUAAAAAAAAACAAACAAACAAAAAACAGACAGUUCAGCAUCCCUCUUCCUUUCCACGAUUAAAUCCUCAGGACUCUCUCUUCAGCAUUUUGAAGUUCACAGGAUUGCCUUAGCCUUCCCCCACCUAUGGGGGGGGGACAGAAAGGAGAGGCAUCUAGGGAACUUUUGCAGUACAUUUCUGAUACAGCAAAACAGAACCAGUUUCUAACCAACCAGCCACACACACAGACAGCACAACUAAAUGCCAGCCAGAGUAAAGAAUGUUUUAAAUGAACUAGGCAACAAACGCACAUGCACAUAUGUGUGUACACUUGAAUCAAGCAAUGCUAAAAUAAUCAAAUUGCAAAUAAAGCCCACAUCGAUAAAGCUAACCAUGUUGCAGCAGGCAAUCUAAUAAAUCUUAUUUCGGUGAAAAAUGAUAGGGGGAAAUGUAUCUGAGAUAUCCCUACGCAAUACUAGCAAUUAUCUUGCUUUAUAUUAUAUGCACCCUAAACCCGAGCAAACAUUUCGAAUGCAGGACCCUCUUUAAUCUUUUAAUCUAUUGGAAAAUGACACAUCCUUUAAAUUGGUGUCGUCGUCGUCCCCCCCCCCCCCCCCGGUCCCAUAUUGUAUUAGCCGCAGCAGACAAAACUUGGGAGCAAUUCCCUGAACUGUGAAGGCUAUUCACUUUGCAGUCUUGUCGCUGCUCAGAGGUUCCUUCCUUCCUACAGAAGGGAGAAUGAUUAGGGUAGUAUUAUACGCUUGCUAAGCCAGUCUUGCUAAGCCUGCCUUGAUGGCAGAAAGCGAGGAGGAAUUAAAGAACCUUUUAAUGAGGGUGAAAGAGGAGAGCGCAAAAUAUGGUCUGAAGCUCAACAUCAAAAAAACCAAGAUCAUGGCCACUGGUCCCAUCACCUCCUGGCAAAUAG